AUGAAGACAGUCGCGAGCCCGGCGCGCGCCUCGGUGCAUUGCGUGUUGGUACUGGCCGCAACGAAGCGCGGACUGACGGCAGAGCAGGACGGCGCGGCGGCGCAGAAGAGUGCGGCCGCCAUUUCGAGAACAGUGUGCGAACUGAGCCCGCUGUCGGCGACGGUAUCAUCGGCGGCCGUGGCGAGGCGGGAGGCGCCCGUGCUGGUCCGGUUGCCGCCGGCGGUGGUGAGGUGCUUGGCGGCCGCACAGGCGCCGGCGGCGCCGCCGCCGCCGCCGCCGGCGGAGGAGGAAGAGCGGUCGUUAGUGUGUGCGGCGGGCGAGAGCGUUGCGGAGGCGCAGACAACGGUGCGUGCGCGGCUGGAGCGGAGCAGGUGGCAGCCGCUGUUCGAUCAGCCGUUGCGGACCGAUGGUUGGGUACGUGCGUUGGUGACGUUGAGUGCAUCAGACUUCGAGCGACGGUGCAGCAAGCGCUGUCUGGAGCUGGCUGCGCAGUGGCUGUUGUAUUUUGACUCGCCGCUGGACGCGCUGACGCCGGCGGCGCUGGCGCCCGUGAAGGCAGCUCUACAAAACGUGUUCUGGGUGUCGAACAACCCGGCGCGGAAAAUGGCGACCUGGAUGUUUGGGUGUUAUCUGGAGCACGUGCGGCGUCUGGAGAGUGAGCCGACGACCACGGCGCGGCUGCGGGCGGUCCCGGGCGCGGCGGUGGGCGCGGCGGCGGGUGCGGGCGCUGCGGUGCUCUGGGGCGCGGAGCGGCGGUCGCUACGACGCACGCUCUGGCAGUACGCGGCCAAGCACUUGCCUGCGCUGCCGUCGCCGGACUCGGAGAGCCUGCGGCCUACGCCUACGCCGUUCGCCGCACGCACCGGUCGACUCGCGGGCGGCCGCUGGACCGGCGGCUCGCAGACGCUCUCGGCCAGCGACUUCGCGCGCCGCGUAAACGGCCCGAACGCCGUCCGCGGCUUCUUCACGAACAUUGGCGCCGCCGCACUCAAAGACGAACGCGAGACCUCGCGCUGUCUCCGCGCCCUUUUCACCGACACGCAACUCGCCGCCAUGCACACACUCCGCUCACCCGCUGCGGACGACCUGGGCCCGGCCGGCGACCCGGGCUUGGUCGCCUUGCGGCGUUGUCGCAAGGACUACCUCGAACUGGCGGCGAUAAUCUGCAUGUUCGUGCACUCGCCGUUCGGUGCCUUACGCGAAGAUUUGCGUGCGCGUCUUGCGGCUGAGCUCGCCCGCGUGAGCGGGGGCGGAGGCAAGGUCAAGGGAAGUGGCAAGGGCGGCAAGGGAAGUGGCAAGGGCGGCAAAGUCAAAAGCCGGGCCAGAGGGGAGUGGGACGCGCGUGCGCCUGUGCUGGACGUGUGGGCGACGGCUGUGCUGCUUUGUCGCGCUGCGCCGGAUACGGCGGUGCUGAAGAGGUUCUGCCGGGAACACCUGGGCUACGUCACGAGCAGCAAGUCCGCCUGGCGCUUUGAGUGCUUCAACAUCGGUCGCAUGUACCUCGCGCGAUACAACCGACUGAGAUUCACACACGGGCCUGCCGAACUCGACGGGCGUCUCGUUAACGCCCAUACCGAAUACGUCACACUCAAGGACUUUGCGCUCAUCAACACCGGCCGUAAUAACCGCCGCGCCGCACCCACCAACGACCCUGCCAAACCACUACCGGCCACCUGCGCGGCGACCGACCUUCCGGACCCGGCCACCGACGUGGAAAACCCGGCGGCCGGAUUGGUGGACCCAGUAACGGGCCUGGUGGGUUGCACUCGUGAAUCUUCGCGUCGUGCGACGCGGAGUGGUGCGACGCAGAGUGGUGCGUCGCAGAGUGGUGCGUCGCAGAGUGGUGCUGGGGAAGAGGCCCAGGGACCGCCGUUGAAGAAGUUGCGGGUGGACGGGGGGAGAUCGGUGGAGCAGAGUGAGCCGUCUCGGGUGGCGUUGGUGCGUGUGUUGCAGCGUUGUUGUCGCGCACAGGAGUUGGAGUUACCGGACGACUGCUGGACGAAGGGGUUGCCUCCGGUGGUGGCACUGGCGACUCUGGAUUUAUUGCGAGCCUGUGGGUCGGACGGUCCGUUCGUGAUAUCUGAAAAGCAGGUGCCGGAGGUGAUGAAGUAUUUGGAAGGUGUGGUGCGAGACGAGCCGGACUGGGAGAAUGAGCUUGGUCAGAUGUAUUCGUUGGCAAUACGGCCGGCAACAUCCAGUUGGAAACACUGGCUUGUGACGGCGCACCUUCUGGACCAUUUGCAAAUACAGCCACGUCUCGUCGCCGAACUCAUGCUUGGUUGGUGGCCCUGGCCCAAGAUCGAAAAGGCCCUAGCCGCCGUAUCGCCAGCUGCACGCGACCGACUAGCUAUACCUGCACACCGCCCUCGAGACACACUCACCCAACUUCUCGCAGACGCACGACGCAAUGGGUACGCUCGACUGCGACACGACUGGAGGAUGUGCAAACGCACUCAACGACUCGCACGCACGCUUGCACACUUCAGCAUCGCAGAUCCCAACCCCAAUAACGUCGAUCCUCUCGACCUCUCACAUCGAUCACAAAUACUCUAG